AUGAACAGACCGCCGCAGGGCCGUGGUCAGCCUCGGCUGGGUGCCACUUGGUAUCCAGGGGGCCAGGAUGACUUCUACAUGCCAGAGGUCAUCUCCCCCUCCCCCCAAAGGGUGAUGCCUGAAGUCCCUGAAAACAUGCAGGACAACAUUGCGCAGAUGGAGCAUCACGCUCGCGACCCCCGCCGCCCUCAACAGCCUCCGGCGCAGUAUCACCCUCACCACCAGCAACAGCAGCAGCAGCAGCAGCAGCAGCAGCAGUUCCCCGAGCGAACCUCUUCCACCAUCCAGGCCCAGCCGCAACAGGGCCAGACGUACGAUCUUGGUUCCUACGCGCAGGCCGCUACCUACGACAGCAUGGAUCAUCCAAACUUCUCCCCAUUCCCCAUCCUGCGGAGUCCCCCACCGAACGUCCCCCCUACCGAUGAGCAGCGCGAAGCCAAACUGGAGCAUCACCGCAUGAGUGUUCUGUCGACCACCGACCCGGAAAUGCAAUUGUCUUGGGCCCAGGAUGCGUUGGCCUUUGUCGAAGUGGCCGCACAGAACGAAUCCCGUCUGGCGUUGACACAGCCUCCGCGCCCUCGCACGCCACAAAUCGAACAGCAGUUGAAGACCGAUGCGCUAAACAUCGUCAGCUUUUUGGCAGAGCAGCAUCAUCCCAAGGCUGAGUUCAUCAAGGGUAUGUGGCUGGAAUUCGGCAAGUUUGGCUAUCGGGUGGAUCGCAAAGAAGCCUUCCGUUGCUAUUCCAGAGCGGCGGAGAAGGGAUAUGCGCGUGCAGAAUACCGCAUUGGAAUGCAGUUCGAGAGCUCCGGAGAGCCCGAGAAGGCAAUCAGACACUACGAGAGAGGUGUCGCGAGGGCCGAUUCCGCCUCGUAUUACCGUCUGGGAAUGAUGAUUCUCCUGGGCCAACAUGGCCAGCGCCAGGAUUUCCAGAAAGGCUUGGAGUACAUCCGGCUCGCGGCGCAAUCCUGUGACCAGAAUGCCCCGCAGGGUGCCUACGUUCACGGCAUGCUUCUCGCACGGGAGCUUCCCCAGGUCAGCGUUCCCGAACCCUACUUGGCUCUCGAUCUCAACACUGCCCGUGUCAACAUCGAGAAGGCCGCCUAUCAUGGAUUCGCGAAGGCCCAAGUGAAGAUGGGUGCUGCGUAUGAACUCUGUCAACUGAGCUGCGAUUUCAAUCCCGCGCUUUCCCUGCACUACAAUGCGCUUGCGGCGCGCCAGGGUGAACCUGAGGCCGAGAUGGCUAUCAGCAAAUGGUUCCUUUGUGGACACGAGGGCGUUUUCGAGAAGAACGAUGAGCUUGCAUUCACCUAUGCCCAGCGCGCUGCUCAGAGUGGUCUCCCUACGGCUGAGUUCGCCUUGGGCUACUUCUAUGAGGUCGGCAUUUUCGUCCCCGUCGACAUCAAAGAGGCCCGGAGCUGGUACGCCAAGGCUGCUGCCAGCGGUAACAAAGACGCUUCUGGUCGCAUUGAUAGUAUCUCGCGAUCCAAGACUCUGUCCCGACGAGACCAUGAAAAGGUUGCGAUUUCUCGCAUCAAGUCAACACGUUACGUUGCUCACCAGCGAGGUGGUUCCUUGGAGUCCGCUCCGGAAAACAUCCAGAUGCCCGAUCCUUCGCGGAUGACCCUGAACGAUCAACCCCCGCCCGCCGCUCCUUAUCCCGAUCGUCCUGGCUCUUCUCGUCCUCGUCCACCAGGCCAGCCAAGCUACCAGAUGCCCGAUCCCCGACCAAGCUCGGCAUUUGGUGUCAAUCCGAACCUUCGUCAAAAUGGUCCUCCAGGUUACGGCGGCCCCCGUACUCCGACUUAUGGACAGCCUCCGAUGAACUAUCGCCAGCCUGGCUCGGGUGCGGGAACACCUAUCGGUGCGCCCGCAGGUCCAGCCAGCCCGCAGGCUCCAAACAUGAUCAGCCCCAAUGGGACACCUCGAGUGGACGUCGGUUUUUCUGCCCCGGCUCCACGGCCGGGUGACCGACGUCCAACACGGCUCGACGGGGCGCCUCCACAGGGAGGGCCUCCGGACCGAAGGCCCGUACGAACCCCUGUGUCUGCCCCGGGGGGAUCUAUGCCAUCUCCCCGGCCACUAGGUUCUCCUUCAUCUGCCAAUUUCCCUUCCCGACCACAGGGUUCUCCUUCUUCUGCCAACUUUCCUCCACGCACAGAGUCUCGCCAGCCAUCUAGAGGGUCGUCUACCUCUACACCCCAACCGCCUUCUGCUCCACCAUCUGUGGCGUCCGGUCCGCCGUCUGUGGCUUCCUCGAAACCCUCGCAGUCGUCCAGGCCAAGUGGCCAAGCACCGAGCAAGGGCCCCAAGACCUUCGAAGAAAUGGGGGUCCCAAGUGCCAAAAACGAUAGCGAUUGCGCUAUCGAAGUGUCUGCGAAUCUGCACAACAAGGUUACAAAAGCUCAAGCAUCCAAGCUCCUGAGAGAAUUGUACCAAAACGAGAAGAUUGAAGAACGAGUGGCAGGGAAGCAAUCAGUCUACCACGCUUUACAGAGUUCAUCGCAGAACGUAACUCCCGAGAUUAUCGCCGCGCUCAGCCAGGAGAUUGAACAGCUUCAAGUCCAACUUUCUUCCAUCAAAGGAGAUGAGAAAAAAUUACGGGCGUCCUUGGCAGCUCUAGAAGCCAAGCCUCGGCUUUCUUUCCUGCGACAGAGUAUCCGACAGCUCGAGGAAGAGAAGGAGGCAAUUCAGGGUCGCUUAGGGUCGCUUCAUGAUAGCGAAACGGCUCAACUCCCCCUGGAAGAAUGGUCCAGGCUCGAAGAUGAGUGGCGAUGGUGGCAGCGACAUGCCGCCACCCGCCGUCGUAUUUGUCGUGAUCUGUGGGGGCGAUGUACGGAGGUUUUGCCCGACAACACAAGCGCGCUGGAGCUAUGGGAGUCUUUGGGGCUUGAAGGAACGCUCCAAUGA